AUGCCAUUUGAAUACCUUAACACUAAUCCAAAGACAAGAGUCUAUCAUUCGCCACGUAAAAAAUCCCUGUCUUCAACUAAUGAUAUCCUUAUCAUGAUACCGGGAAAUCCGGGUCUUGUUGGAUAUUACAUCACCUAUCUCGACUACAUUCAAAGAGCACUUCCACAAUUUGAAAUAUUUGGUAUGGAUUAUUUAGGUUUUGGCAAGCUACAAAGUACUAAACAACAACAUAUUUACGCUGUUGAGGAGCAAAUCAAUCACAAAUAUGAGGUUAUUAAACAUAAAAUCGAGCAGCAAUCAAUCAAGCCCAACUUGUAUUUCUUAGCUCAUUCUUUGGGAGGAUUCAUUACUCAACGGACCAUAAAAAAACUAUUGGAAGAUAAUGAUUUGAAAGGUAAGUUCGAAGUUAAAUUCAAUGGAAUGAUCACACCAACGACAAAUGAUAUUGCUGGGUCAGAAUCAGGGACCAAAUUGACUAAAUUAAUUAAUGCCAAGAUACCAAUAGUCGGGUUAGCAAUGACUUUUGGGUCUUUGUGCUCGUAUAUUCCAGAAACUGCCCAACGGUAUAUCCUCACCCAUCAUUGGACUCCACCGAAACAAGUGAUUGAAGAAGGAUCCAAUCAUGAAAAUGUUGGGUUAGAAAAUUCACUUGAAGCAACACUUGAACUUAUAAACUCACCUAGCGCUAUUAAUCAAGCUCUAAACAUGGCAAAAGACGAAAUGCAGGUGAUUACAGAUCUGGAUGAAGUUAAUGAUUGGAUGUAUACUAACAACCAAUAUUCAUUUAAGAAUUGGUGUUUCUUUGCUCAACAAGAUCAUUGGGUUUCUAAUGAAACUAGAGAUUAUUUAAUUUCAAAAUAUGGUAAUCUGAAUCCCAAAAGAAAUAAAUUUGAAAUUUGUGAAAAUGUUGAAAAUCCAAUCAAACAUGCAUUUGUGUUAAAUCAAAGUAAAGAAUUUGCUGAAAUUACAAUCGACCGAAUUAAACAAGCUGAGAAUUGUUGGGUUAAAGUAGACUAA